UAUGUAGUGUGAAUAUUAUAUUCUUUUGAAGAAAUUACGGGAAAAAAAUGAAAUUUUAAAAAAAUUCUUUCAAUUUGAUUACAUUUCUGUGCCUUUCAAGAUUCUUGUGUGUGUGUGUGUGUGUGUGUUUAGUGGUCAUCUUCAUUGAUUAUUCGUUAAUUUAUUUCUCAUUUUGUUAACCAAAGAAGAAGAAGAAAAGUUCAAUUAUUUUUCGGCUAUCAUUAUUAUUACAUCAAAUUGAUUAUGAAGACAAAUUUAAUCUACACUCUACUUGUAUUGUAUUUAGCCGAUGUAAGCAAUGUGAUAUUUAUUCAUCUGGUAAAUAUAUGUACAUUUCGUUUGAAAUUUUCAUCAUCAUCAUCAUCAUCAUCAACAACAACAUUAAUAAAUGAUGAAUAUAGUGAAUCAUUUUAUCGUAUUAUAAUGAUUGUAUCGGCCGAUAUGGCUGUAAAAUGUCCAUCCGAUCGUAUACUAUAUCCAUGUAAAUGUCAUCAUAAUGAACAUAUCAUCUGUACUGAAUCAAUGACCUAUAGUUUGUUGCAUGUAUUUCGUGCUAUUGAACAAUCAAUGUUAUCCAAUAUACAUUAUCAUUUAUCAUCAUCAACAACAAUAACAAAUCAAAUGCCAAAACCAUUAUUUAAUGAAUUAAUAUUAUCAAAUCAUUAUUGGAAUGAAUUGGAUGAUAAUCUAUUUCAAUAUGUACGUUUUCAACGUAUUAUUAUGUAUGAUAUGAAAUCAUUGAUACGAAUACAUUCAAAUGUAUUCAAUGGUACCAAUAAUGAUGUAAAAUACUUAGAGAUUAAAGGCGAAAAUAAACUUGGCCAAAAAUAUAUCAAUCAAUUAUUCGAUGCCUUAAGUUCACUACAGAUGGCAAGGGAAAUGUAUCUGGAAUUAAAUCAAUUAGAUAUGAUACCAAGCUAUGCAUUUCGUGAUAUUCAAAUGAAUUAUUAUAAUCCAUCAUCAUUUGAUCAAGGAAAUUAUUAUACUGAAAAUUUGAAAAUAAAUAAUAAUAGAAAGCGUUUACGUUUGGAACGAUUACAUAUCCUAUCAAAAUCAUUAACACAAAUAUCAAGCUAUGCAUUUUAUGAGCUAAAUUCAUUACGAUACAUACGGAUACAUUCAAAACAUAAUGAUGGUCUACAACGAAUAUCGGCACAUGCAUUCGAUUUAGCACAACCAUUAAGUCAUCCAUUAAUUAUUGAUUUAAGAAAAAAUCAAUUAAAAUUAUCCUGUUUUGAAUUGGAUACAUUUCAACAAGUUAAUCGUCCGGUACAUUUAGAUUUAUCGGAAAAUAAUCUAACAUCAAUACCGCAAACAAUAUUUGAACGUUUUCUAAAUAUUGAUGCCAAAAAUACGAUUAAUAUGGGUGAUGGUACAAAUCCAUUACAAUGUAAUGAUUGCAGCCUUUACUGGCUAUUAAAAGAUCGCCAAAUUUAUUCAUCACAAAUUCAUGAUGCUAUAUGUCACUCAAUUAAUGCUAAUCUAUGGCGUCUGGAUGAAUCAACAUUUCGACAAUGUCAACAGGAUCAACAUUAUCAACCAAAAUUAAUCUUCCGUAAUAGUGCCCAUUCUAUUCAUUAUCAAUUAUCAUCAUCAUCAAUGACGACCACUAUGACCAAGUCGACAAUGACAAAUACAAAACAACAUUAUGGACAUCAUCAUCAUUAUUUAACAAUUCUUUUUUCAUCAUUCAUAAUACAUUCGGAAGAAAAAUCGAUCGAUCGAUCAUAA